AUGUCCUUUACCCUACACGAGAAGCACCAGAGAGGUGACAUGGCUGCAAGAGACUGGGAAGAACAUGUCCGGAAGAGACUGCGUCUCGAUCCACAGGAAGCAGGAGAGCAUGAUCAUUGCGAACAACCACAGCGUUCCCAGCACGCUUCCGACGCCUCCAAGGACAAGAGCAUUACGAUUGCUUCAACCGCAAAACACGCCCAUCGAACAGUAGCCCCUUUCCUGGCCAAACACAUCCCCUCUCAGUACGCCCCCCUUGGUAAGGCGGGCCUAUCUGCUGGUACCUUCGACGAGACCAAAGAUCCCAACUCGAAAUUCUGCUACCGCCACAGACCGGACUUGCUGUGUCGCCGACAAGCAGACGAACCGUCCAUGGACAAGCUUCAAAAGGGCCUGGAAGCCCUGUCGCAAGAAGACCGACAAGGCAUCGUCCAGGUGUGGUCCCUGUUUUCAGCGGCUCCCUCCAAACACCGAAACCUCAUGCUGCAAGGCAUCCUCGCACAAUGUUGCUUUCCCCAGCUAUCGUUCCUUUCCGCGAACGUGCGAGAGCUCAUACGGAUCGACUUCAUCUCUGCUCUGCCGCCAGAAGUGGCUUUCCGAAUUCUCUGCUUUUUGGACACAACCUCACUGUGCAAGGCUGCUCAAGUGUCGCGCCGAUGGAGACAGCUGGCAGACGACGAUGUCGUGUGGCAUCGAAUGUGCGAGCAACACAUCGACCGCAAGUGCACCAAAUGUGGAUGGGGCUUGCCACUGCUCGAAAGGAAGAUGCUGCGCGCCUCGAAAAGGCAAAUCGAACUUCGAGCCGCCGGUCAACUCAACCGCGACGUCCUCCCCCUACUCGAUGCAGUCGACGAACGAGGCGACUACGCAUCCGCAAAGAAUGACAGUCAACAAGAACAAUCCGACAUUGAGAAGUCAUCCGACGGCCGACUAUCACCGGUAGCUGCCAGGAAGUCACCCUCUGUUGCUGGCGACAGUGAAUUCUGCAGGAAAACUCGACCCUGGAAGGACGUGUACAAAGACAGAUUCAGGGUCGGCACCAACUGGAAGUACGGGCGGUGCAGCAUCAAGAUCCUCAGAGGCCAUUCGAAUGGCGUCAUGUCGCUACAGUUCUACGACAACAUCCUUGCGACCGGCUCGUACGAUGCCACCAUCAAGAUCUGGAAUCUCGACACCGGCGAAGAGCUGAGGACGCUAAGAGGCCACGCCAUGGGCAUUCGUUGUCUACAAUUCGACGACAACAAGCUCAUCAGCGGAAGUCUUGACAAGACCCUCAAAGUCUGGAACUGGAGGACUGGCGAAUGCAUUGCGACAUACAAUGGGCACACCGAAGGCGUGAUCGCCCUCCAUUUUGACUCGAGCAUUCUAGUGUCAGGCUCCAUCGACCACACGGCGCGAGUCUGGAAUUUCCAAGACCGCUCAGUCUUUACCCUCCGCGGACACACGGACUGGGUCAAUUCGGUUAAGAUCGACACUGCUUCUCGCACCAUCUUCACCGCCUCUGACGACUGCACCGUCAAGCUCUGGGAUCUUGACACCAAGAAGUGCAUCCACACCUUCGAAGGCCAUGUCGGCCAAGUCCAACAGGUCCUCCCACUGCCCGCGGAAUUCGAAGCGGAGGAGGAAGAAGACCAGGAAGAGUCCGACCCGGGCAGCCCCAACAGUCACCUGACGGUCGACUCCGAGAAUGGCGCGUUUCCCACCUCCUUCCAUACCGACCACUCUGGCCUGUUCUGUUCGCAACCCGACCGGCCCCAGCCGCCUCGAUACAUGCUUACCUCGGCGCUCGACUCCACCAUACGCUUGUGGGACGUCCAUUCCGGCCGCUGUAUUAGGAAGUUCUUCGGCCAUGUCGAAGGAGUCUGGGCCAUUGCCGCCGACACUCUCCGCAUCGUCUCCGGCGCCGAAGAUCGCAUGGUCAAAGUGUGGGACCCCCGGUCUGGAAAGUGCGAACGUACCUUCACCGGCCAUGCCGGCCCUGUCACCUGCAUUGGGCUGAGCGAUAGCCGCAUGUGCAGUGGUGGCGAGGACGGCGAGGUCCGAGUUUACAACUUCACGGCCUGA